AAAGGGGAAUGACCCUCUCUUUCCAUACAUGGGUAAGCCUCUUUUGGCAAUGGCACGCUGCCCUACUUUACACACAACGGGCUUGAAUGGGCAUAAUGACUGCACAUCUCUCCUGGAUUUGUAGUAAACCUUCUCUGAAUUUAGCUUUAAAAAAGGUAAAGGUCAAAAUGCGGGUCUAUCUUAAUAGUUUUAAAAAGCUUCCUCUCCAUGUUUCAUUUCCUUAAUCUGCACUGAUGCGAAAGAACUUGACAAAUGAAAGCAUAUUGCGUUUCACCUCAUGUGUUUUGUGAUCAGUGCAAUUGGUGGGGGGAGGCGAAUCGAGGAAGCCACUUUACAACAUUCAGAUGCAGUAUGGAACACAUGAAUGGUUUAUUAUAUGUGACUGUCUCCGCCCUCUGAAGAAAAAAAGAAAAAGAAAAAAAAGUCCACACACACAAGAGCUAGGAAAGCGGGAUGUUUCAUCAGCGAAUGUGAAGUCAACUGUAUUUUGUCGUCCUGUCGAUCUUUCAAAGUUAAACCAAAGGAUCUCUCCAUCUCAACUCUUCACUGCUCUGCUCAGCAACUCCUUCAGUUUCGCAGCUCCAGCUCCCUCCACAGACACAACCAUGGUAGACAAGAUGGCCUCCUUUGGCCGGAUCUUAUUGCGACGCAGGGCACUGGACUGCUCCGAUGAGGGAACCCGCUUCGCCCGCUGCCUCUCCACACUGGACCUGGUGGCCCUGGGGGUGGGCUCCACAUUAGGGGCAGGGGUGUAUGUCCUGGCUGGCGAGGUAGCCAGGGAGAAGGCUGGUCCUGCCAUCGUACUCUGCUUCCUCAUCGCUGCGCUCUCCUCCAUGCUGGCCGGACUCUGUUACGCCGAGUUUGGUGCCCGCGUACCCAAGACAGGUUCGGCGUACCUUUAUAGCUAUGUGACGGUUGGCGAGAUCUGGGCCUUCAUCACGGGGUGGAACCUCAUCCUCUCCUAUGUCAUCGGUACAGCCAGUGUGGCCCGAGCCUGGAGCUCUACGUUCGAUAACCUGGUGGAGCAGAAGAUAUCCGUCUUCUUCAGGUCGUCCAUGGCCAUGAAAGUCCCGGGGGGCGUGCUGGCUGAAUACCCUGACCUGUUUGCACUCAUCCUUGUCCUCUUAUUAACUGGGCUGCUGGCGUUUGGCGUGAGUGAGUCUGCUCUGGUCAAUAAGAUCUUCACAGGGAUCAACCUGGUGGUGUUGGGCUUCAUCAUCAUCUCAGGCUUUGUGAAGGGAGACGCAGCCAACUGGAACCUCUCCUUGGACAACUUUGUGAACACCUACCCCAACCCUGGCAUCAACACCAAUAGCACCAACACUUCCAGCAUAUCCCAAGAGGUUGUGGAUAAGACGUUUGGCACAGGUGGUUUUGCGCCAUUUGGCCUCAGUGGCAUUCUGUCUGGUGCUGCCACCUGCUUCUAUGCCUUUGUGGGUUUCGACUGCAUCGCCACUACAAGCGAGGAGGCUAAGAACCCCAUGCGCUCCAUCCCCGUGGGUAUUGUGGCCUCUCUGCUCAUUUGUUUCUUUGCCUACUUCGGGGUGUCUGCGGCCCUCACCCUCAUGAUGCCCUACUACCUGCUGAACACCCAGAGCCCCCUGCCAGAGGCCUUCAGCUACGUGGGCUGGGCUCCUGCUCGCUACAUUGUGGCAGUGGGCUCCCUCUGUGCUCUCUCCACCAGCCUGCUUGGGUCCAUGUUCCCUAUGCCGAGGGUUAUCUACGCCAUGGCAGAGGAUGGGCUCCUGUUCCGUGGCCUGUCCCGCAUGAACGCUCGCACCAAGACCCCCCUGAUGGCUACUAUCGUCUCUGGCUGUGUGGCAUCUCUGAUGGCCUUCCUCUUUGACCUGGCUGCCCUUGUUGACCUCAUGUCCAUAGGGACACUGCUGGCCUACUCACUAGUGGCCAUCUGUGUGCUCAUCCUCAGGUACCAGCCAGGCACCCUGAGCUCGUCCAGUCAGAGUGAGAAGCUGGUGGAGCUGGUGGGAGGGGAGAAGGUGGCCGUGUCCAGUGGGGACAGUGGAGAUGAGUACGGCCUGGAUCUGGAGGACCGCCCCGUCCGGGAGAAGUUCACCCUCCACCGCCUCCUCUUCCCCAGCGGGAAUCUACCCACUAAGAUCUCUGGGAACAUCGUCUAUGCCACCACGGCCAUUAUCUCGGUGCUCAUCACUGUGCUGUGUGUGGUGCUGGCGGGGAAGCUGGAUGCGUUGAUCGAGGUUCAGCCUGUGUGGGUGAUGGUGUGUGCAGUGCUGGCCUUGCUCUGUACCCUUUGUGUCAUAAUCAUCUGGAGGCAACCCGAGAGCAAGGAAGCCCUCACCUUCAAGGUGCCCCUGUUGCCUUGGCUGCCUCUGUUCAGUGUCUUUGUCAACAUCUACCUCAUGAUGCAGCUGGACAUGGCUACGUGGUGCCGCUUCGCUGUGUGGAUGGGCAUUGGAUUCGCAAUCUACUUCUGCUAUGGGAUCUGGCACAGCAGCGAGGCAGCCAGCAACACCCCCCGGAAAUAUGAGCCUGCCCUCCAGAUCAAGAAGAAGUCCAUCUACCUGGGGGGAGACGAGAGUGAGGUGGAGGGGAUGAGCCCCUGAACGGCUAGGGGCUGGAGGAAACCCCACACAUUAUACCUCUGAAGUGAAGGCAGACAAUUCAACUCACCCUGCAAUGUGUGUCUCUGGAUUUUGUUGUCUUUCAUUUUUGGGAGAUCUGUCUUAACACUUUAUUGGACAGUUGAUGAGUAAUAUUUUCAACACUCAAAACGUUGCUACUAACAUUACUAGUGAUUUUUAUUUCUUAGCAGUUAGUCUCUUCCUAGUUGGUGGCUGUGGCCCCUCCAAUCAUUAGCCCCGGGCCUCCAGCAGCAUUAUGAACGACAGCUGUACAGGAUCUGUUGGUUAGGGGCAUGUGUAUACAGGGUACCAGUGUGUCUGGGAUUUACAAUCUUGGUCAGGGCCUUGGUGCACUUGGUUAGUGUAUCAAGGCCUGACGCAGGCGAUUUGGGAUCACUGGCGUAGACAAACUGUCCUCCACCUGUCAAAGAGCAACGUAUUUAACAGUAGGACUUUGUUCACCUAGUGUCAUACAUUUGUCUUUUAAACGUAUGGUAAAAUAGUCAAAGUAAGGAUGUAAGUUGUCAUUUUCAUGUUGAUUUAAGUCCCUGUGUUACUUAAGCAGUAUAUGCCUGAGGUUUAUCCAAAGAACUGACGGGUGAGGUAAAUCAACCCUCGGAGGGUGAUAAAGCAACAUCCCAGCACCUCUGCACCGUCUGCUGAAUCAUCUUCAUUUGGUAUCAUAAUUCGGGGUGUUCUAUACUCUUGUACCCCCACCCUUUUAUGUAUUUCUAUUUAUCUCUGGAGUUUUGAUUUACAAAUCAGAGCUACCCUUUUAUAUGGAAAUACUUGAGUUUGAGUUAUCUGCCUCAAAUGCUUGAGCUGUCUACAGAUGUAGAUAUAACUGUUAAACAAAGAAAUACCCGUAGGAUCUAGACAAUGCGAUGUUUUGAGUCUUUAAAGGCAGUGAUUUUAGUCCUGGUCAUGUAUUACCUCUGAUUUUACUUUAAUUGUAGCUUCUUGUGAACAUAUUUUCACAAACAUUUUUAGUUUCCAUUGAAACUUAUUCUUGGCAGCUUGGCUGUCGAGUUUGCAUAAUUCUUUUAUCUAUCUAUUUUCCUGCUAUGCCAUUCAAAUGACUUUAAUCAAGUAAUGUGCUUUUAUAGAUGUGUUUGUGUUCUUACAUGUAUUACCCCCUUGCUUUAAUGUGUUACUGUAUAUAGCAACUUUUGCUUCACCAAAUAAUUGACACGUCUACUCGUGAUUCUAUUCGUCAAUAGUCACUAGUUGUAGCACUGCUUGACCAAAUGACAUUGUGCUUUGGAGACACUGGUUCAAGAACAGGAGUAUGACCAGCAAAAACGGGCCUCUAAAUUUGAGCUAGAUUUGCUCAGCUGCAAAGACACUGGAGAUGGUGAGGAUCGUUGAUAGAUAGGGUAUUGUAGUACAUUAAUAACUGUAGAUGUACAGUAUGUGUAUAGCUGUGUUUUAUUUGUAUAAUGCUGUAUAUUAUACAAAUGGACAUCCAUUAAAAGGAUAUGUUUUAUA